UGGUCUAUUACUAAAUAAUAGACCUGUUUAUUGUUGGGCCACUGCUGGGCUGGUUUUUCAGUUUUCUUAUUGUUGGUGUUUUUUAACCGAAGUAGCUAAUUUUACAGAUUUAAAAUUUCUUUCUCAUUGUUAUCUACACAAACAAAAGGUUGUAAAUUUUCUCCUUUAAUUAUUUCUAAUCUAUUCUAGUAAAAGUUUAUUAAAUAUGUAAAAUAAAGUUAGAAGCCGGUAGUUAAAAGGUGUUUCUUAGCAAUUCUUGUGAUAUUUAUGAUGGAUGCUGAGUUUACGGGCUGUAGUUUACGGAUUUCUGUACAGUGGUGGGGAAAAAGUGGAUCGGUUAAUGGCGUCUGAUCUAAGCAAUUGUAGUAAGAGCAAAAUCAAUUUCAAGCUUUAUGAGAAAACGUAGUUGAUAUGCAUUCGUGUAUUCAGUGAAAUAACCAUGUUAUACUUAUUUUCUGAAAAUAGGCUAAUAUCUCACUGGCAGUAAGAGGGUAAAUUUCAAUCGAAAUAAAGGAAUUCCCGUGGCGUGUUAAACAAACAUAUUACUUUUGGUCAGCACAAAAAUGUCAAAAUAUAUUUAGCGUUAUUAUUCAAUUUCUGGAGAGUGGGUUGCUUCAGAUUCAAUUAGGGCGGGCACUAUGUUCAGGUUUAUCAUAAACACUUUAAAUGAAUGUUGGUUUUUAUGUAGCAAUAGUAAAAGGAACUUAAUUGUGGCAAUGCGGCAAUAGUCGGUACUUACUGCAGUUAAGAGGUGGUCUUAUGGCGCAUUUAUUUAUAAUUACCAAGACAGUUUGUUGAGUCACGUUUUAGUUCAUAUGCAAUAAAUCUCUAAAAGGUUUGUUAUUUAUUAUAGUGGGUUAGCUAUAAGCCAAAUAUGGCUUUUUUCGGUAUUUACUUAUUAUCUUUAUUGUUUAUUUUAUUGCACACAUGGAAACGCGAAACCGGAAAAGGCGCCGUCCGUCGGUCAAACUACACCAGCAUUCCAGCCAAAACCUACCUGGCACCAGCCAACAACCCCGUCAGCUGCCUUCCACCCAAAUGCCCGAUCAGCUGCCUCCCAACCAACAGCCUGUCCAGCUGCCUCCCAACCAACAGCCUGUCCAGCUGCCUCUCACCCCCAGCCAUCGACUCGGCCAAUGGUCUUCAAACCAACAGUCCGGCCAUCAACCCGACCAGCUGCCUCUCAGUCAACAACUGGGCGACCAGAUGCAGCCUGCAGCAAGCCAGCCAGAUCCGGCUGUUCAAUCGGUGUCUACGAAGCAAAACUGUUCACUGCAGCUUUUAUGCUAGCGUUUUUCGGUUUUCUGAGAGUUGGCGAAAUAGCUGUUCCUAAAAAAGGUGAUAGUAUUUUACAGGCAGCGGUGUUGGCAAUAGAAGAUUUACAAUUUGAUCACAAUGGGGUAAUCAUUUCAAUCCGGCAUUCAAAAACUGAUCAGUUGGGCAAAGGGGUAGCGCUCAAAAUUACUAGGUCAAACAGUGAAUUUUGCCCAGUUGUGUGUCUUAACCAGUAUCUUCAUGUUCGUCCUCAAGGGCCUGGUCCCUUGUUUUUGCACUUUAACAAACAACCAAUUACUCGUUACCAAUUUUCUGCUAUUCUUAAGAAAACGGUUUCUCUUUUGGGUCUAAAUUAUGGGUCUUACAAAUCCCACUCCUUCAGAAU